CGGUCCUGCGCUAUAGGGCGGUGCUGGGGGCGGUAGUGGAUACAAAGCUGGGAGUUGCGGCUCUCGCUGACAGCCAUGGCCGAGCAUUGUGUGAUCGCCGCAUAGCGCCCUAUGUACUAACCGGGAGGAUGAACUCCCUGCUGUUCGGAGACAUGGCCCGCGCCCUGGACACCCCGCCGUCCCCCGGCCCCUCUGCGGCCCCCGCGGUCACCCUGGCCCUGCGGAAUGACCUGGGAUCCAAUAUCCACGUGUUAAAGACCCUCAAUGUCCGGUUCCGAUGCUUCCUGGCCCGCGUGCACGAACUGGAGCGGCGGAACCGGCUGCUGGAGCGGCAGAUCCAACUCAACCAGAACCGGCCGGACCGGGGGCUCCGCUUCAAAACCUUCCACCGGGACAUGGGCACCCAGACCGAACCGCAGCCCCCCGGCCGCCUGCCCGGAACCAUGUGGACCUACACCCACGUGCGGCGCUCCGGGGGCCAGCUGGAGACCGUGCAGGGCCCCGGGGUCUCCUGGACAUACCCGGACGGAGUGGGGGUACAGAUCGACACCAUCACCCCCGAAAUCCGAGCCCUGUAUAACGUGCUGGCCAAGGUCAAACGGGAGAGGGACGAGUACAGGAGGAGGUGGGAGGAAGAACUGGCCAAGAGGAGAAGUCUGGAAUCCAUGGUGGAGUCUUUACAGGAGGAAGCGCAAGAAGCGUAUAACGUGCACGAUGAACUGAACGAGACCAUCGCGAGGUUGAAAUCCGAGCUGGUUGUCUUUAAGGGUCUGAUGAGUGAUCCAAUGUCAGAUCUCGACUCAAAGAUCCAGGAAAAGGCAAUGAAAGUGGAUAUGGACAUCUGCCGGCGGAUUGAUAUCACGGCCAAACUGUGCGAUGUGGCACAGCAAAGGAACUCAGAGGAUGUGUCCAAGAUGUUUCAGGUUGGUACGGUUUCUAAAAAGAGAGAGAAGAAGAUGACAGUCGAAGAUGACGCGUCCGAGCAGGACGGAGAUGCUGGCAGGUUCUCUGACGAUGAAGUCAGCUGUUCCCUCAACAUUACUGAUGAGAUGAAAAGAAUGUUUAACCAGCUGCGGGAGACGUAUGACUUUGAUGAUGACUGCGAUAGUCUAACGUGGGAAGAAAAUGAAGACACUCUGCUCCUUUGGGAAGACUUCACAAACUGUAACCCACCAGCAGAUGUUCAGGGAGGAGGAGAGCAGCAGGAGGAAACAUUGGGGAAUUUGAUUCAGGAAACGGAGACCUUUCUAAAAACACGAGAUAAAGAAUAUCAGGAAACAAUAGACCAGAUCGAGCUGGAACUGGCGACUGCCAAAAGCGACAUGAACCGCCAUCUACACGAGUACAUGGAAAUGUGCAGCAUGAAAAGAGGCCUCGACGUCCAGAUGGAAACCUGUCGGCGACUGAUAAAAGGAUCUGCGGGGUCAGCGGGCAGAAAUUCUCCAUCCACGAGUUCUGUAUCCAGCAGCGACUCAGGAAAUUCUGACGAAAUUCCGGAUGAGUUUGAGAAAGAUGGAGACGGAGACAGCAUAAUAAGCUGAUCUGUGCGACAUUCCUGGACUACAUAAACUGUAUGAUAAACAUUCAUGAAUGAAAUACAAACUUUGGAGUCCAUUCAGAGAAAUUCCCGAAGAGAGACAUCAACCCAAAAACACCCCCCAGCUUUCCCUCCAACUGGUGCUGUAAAUGUCUAUUCUUCUAUGGGGAAAAUAUGUAAAUAGAAUUCUUUACAGAAAAGAAAACAAAAUGUGCUGUUUUUAGCUCUGCCCUUCCCACAGCUGAAUUUUUUUUCUUGUCUUUAAAUUGCUUAGAAAACGAGUGAAAUAAACCCGGACAGGCGUUCUAGGUUUUAUGAUCACAGCAGACCUGUGAUUGCUGCUAAUCACGCUGCAAACUGCAGGCAGGUUCUAAGCGGAACAUUGAGACUUUGCAAAGAACUUCCAGGAGCUGCUGCUACAGCCAGCAGUCCAAGGUGUGAUUAGGAGAAAUGUUCAGUUCUUCCAUCGACCAAAAACUUUUUAUUUAUUUUUUAAAAUAUGAACUAAAAUUUGGGGCUUCUUAAAUAUAAACUGCGUAGCCCAUAAGUGUUUAAUUAUCUGUAAAAUUCUGUGUUCAGAAAGUUCCAAUAUUCUGUUGUGUUGCACAAAUGUGUACACAAUGUGCAAAAUUGUUGUCUUGAUGGUCCUGCGACAGGAAACGAAGGCUGCUGUGAUCACACAUACUUGUGGUGUCCAUCGCUGCUAUAUAACGUGGGGGGGCAGAGCAAUAAAAGCACGGUGUAGGUUUACUAUGCAAAUCGCUUGCCUUAUACAAAAGGAAUGUUUGCUCCCCACUGUGUUCUCCCUUCCUUGAAGGGGGAUGCUAAGAAUUGGAAGUGUUACAUGUACACAGGCACUAGAUCCUGGAAAACUGUUUAUACUGCAGUGACCAGACGCCACCUCUAGGGAGGCGCUGUAGAAAAGUGGCGCAUAGUUCUAUAAGUCGAAUGUGUCUGAUACCAUUUGGGUUCCGUGUUAAUGUCACUAAUGGUUCUACUUGCAACACUUUCUAAUUCCUUCCUUGGUGUCUGCAUUUGCCAUCGCGAGGCGGCAGAACACACUGAGGAAACCUCCAGCAGUGAGAAGAGUUUUGUAUUUUCAGUUUACCCUGCGUGUCAUGGCACAGGCCCCAUAU